AUGCUUGCCAGGGUACAUCAACUCUCUGUCAUCGGUGUAAGACGUUUUGGAAUGGCUACUUCAUCAUCUCAACCCAAGAAACAGGCAAAACAAGCUACUUUGGCCAAGUUUUUCUCUUCUGUCAAAGAUAGAAACUCACCCACCAAGAAAAAUGCCACACCUGCUUUUCCUACUACUACCAAUGUGAAGCGCGAAUCACCUGUAAGAUCCAAUUCUAAUGAAAAGGAGAGUAGCCCGAUGUUCGAUGAUUCUAACGGUAGAUCUAGCGCAUGUUCUAGCGCAGGAUUGGAAAUGGAAUCGGCACCUGCUCCUAAAAAAUUAAAGAUGGAAUCCGAUUCCAAUUCCACUUCUAAGAAUAAUCAGGAUGACCAUUUCUCUACAGUGCCCUAUGCAGAUGUUUGUAACAUUUUUCAAGAGAUUGAAUCAACAUCAUCACGUCUGUCGAUCAUCAAAAUAUGUUCAGAUUUCUUUACCCAGAUUGUGAAGGAAGAUUCCAGGAAUUUAGUGCCCACCACCUAUCUAUUCAUCAAUAAAUUGGGUCCUGAUUAUGAACCUGGGAUGGAAUUGGGUCUUGGUGAAGGACUUUUAAUGAAGACUAUCAGUGAAUCAUGUGGUAAAUCAUUAGCGCAGGUUAAAAAUCGUUAUAGAGAAAUGGGGGAUUUAGGACAGAUCGCCAUGGAGGCACGUAAUGUUCAGCCAACAAUGUUCAAACCAAAACCCUUGACCGUGGGGGAAGUCUUUGUCAACUUGAGAAAUAUCGCUAAUGCACAGGGUAAGGAUUCUCAAAAUAAAAAGAUAAAAUUGAUUAAAAGGAUGCUAACUGCCUGCCAAGGUGUUGAAGCUAAAUUUCUUAUUAGAUCUUUAGAAUCUAAGUUGAGAAUUGGUCUGGCGGAGAAAACAGUUCUCAUUUCGUUGUCGAAUGCCUUGUUAAGACACGAACAAGGUCUUGACGUGGAACCGUCCGACGAAGCCGUUGACAAGGCGGAACAAAGCAUUAGAGAUGCCUUUUGUCAAGUUCCCAACUACGAGAUUGUAAUAAACACUUGUUUAGAGCACGGAAUUUCUCAAUUGCACAAACACUGCCAAUUGACCCCCGGUAUACCGCUGAAACCGAUGUUGGCUAAACCUACAAAGGCUAUCACCGAAGUUCUGGACAGAUUUCAAGGCCAAUUGUUCGUAUCUGAAUACAAGUACGAUGGUGAAAGAGCCCAAUUACAUUUACUACCUGACGGUACCAUGCGUAUUUAUUCUCGUAACGGUGAAAAUAUGACCGAGAGGUAUCCAGAAAUCGAUAUCCGUGAUUUUCUAUCGGACCCUAGCACGGAAUCUUUGAUUUUAGAUUGUGAAGCUGUUGCCUGGGACAAAGAACAAGGCAAAAUCCUACCAUUCCAAGUCUUAAGCACACGUAAGCGCAAGGAUGUAGAUGCUAAGGAUGUCAAAGUACGUGUCUGUCUAUUUGCAUUUGAUCUGCUGUGCCAUAACGGCGAACCCUUGAUUAAUAAAUCUUUGCGCGAGCGUCAAGACGAUCUGCAAAAAGUGACCAAACCUGUAGAUGGUGAAUUUCGAUAUGCCAACAAGCUCAUUACAGCAAACAUAGAGGAGCUUCAGCACUUCCUAGAUCAAUCUGUUAAGGACUCAUGCGAAGGGCUCAUGGUUAAGAUGUUAGAUGGUCCGGAAUCUCAUUACGAGCCCAGCAAGCGGUCUCGGAACUGGCUGAAAUUGAAGAAAGACUAUUUGAACGGUGUAGGAGACUCUCUUGAUCUAUGUGUUUUAGGAGCUUAUUACGGUAGAGGUAAGCGUACAGGUACCUAUGGUGGAUUCUUACUAGGGUGCUACAACCAAGAUACAGGUGAGUACGAGACUUGUUGUAAAAUAGGUACUGGUUUUUCAGAGGAAUUACUUCAACAAUUAUACGAUAGGUUAAAGCCAACUGCCAUGGAAGCGCCUGCUGCAUUCUACGUUUAUGACUCAGCUCAACAACCAGACGUAUGGUUCGAACCCACAUUACUUUUCGAGGUGCUAGCUGCCGACCUGUCUCUAUCGCCGGUGUACAAGGCAGGUUCUGCCCAGUAUGAUAAGGGAAUUUCGUUGAGGUUCCCACGGUUCCUGAGAAUAAGAGAUGACAAGUCUGUCGAGGAGGCAACAUCCUCCGAGCAAGUAGUUGAUCUAUAUGAGGCUCAAGCUCACUUAUCCUGA